AUGAGUGAUCAAAGAGUAAUCUAUGCAGAACUUAAUCGGGUUAAGGAUGCAAAGAGACAGCACAUGAAACCUAAGGGCACUAAAGGCUCCAUUCCAGGAGCUGAGCAGGAACUAACCUACGCAGAUUUAAAUCUUCAAAAUGCUUCUCAGGAUCUUCGAGGGAGUGACAAGAAUGACCACUGCAGAGCAUAUCAUUGUGAUCAAUGCCCACCAGAGUGGUUAAUGUAUUCCAACAACUGCUAUUACAUCAGCACUGAAGGAAAAACAUGGAAUGAGAGUUUGCUGGCCUGUGCUUCUAAGAACUCUAACCUGCUCUAUAUAGAUACUGAGGAAGAAAUGAAUUUUUUGAACAUUUUUGAAAUGUAUGCAUGGAUUGGACUGUCCCGGAGAAAUAAUACUAAUUCUUGGGUGUGGACAAUUGGCACAAAUCUCUCUUCUGAACUAUUUUCAAAAACUUCCAAGUUGGACAAGAAUUGUGUAUUUGGGGAUUUCUACAGACACAUGUUCUAUUCUAGAUCCUGUUUAGAACACAACACAUAUGUUUGUAAACACCAGGCACGUUAGCUUACACAAAUUUGGUAUAAUGUUCCUCUCACCAUCCUUAAAGAACA